GAUGGGCGGCGGUCCAUGGACUUCGAGGAAGCCUCGUUCACAAGUCGGUAUUCUGUGAUUCGAUCAAGAAUCAAACAGGAAAACAUUUGCCUCAUCAUGGCAGACACUGCAGGAGAUAGCUUCUACUUAAAAUUGUAUGCAUUGCAGAAAAGACUAAAAGGGGAACGAUUAUUUAUUCGACAAGACAAAGAUAUCAUACGAUCGUUGAACGAAAGUGUUACUGAUACGUGCAAGAGUGUAUAUCACUUAGCCUGGAGGACUCGGCAACAUUGGAGGAACCUAGACCGGCUGGUUUCUGGGAAAAGAGUUUUCCCAUCAGAAUGUACCCAAACUUCCAUCUUGAUUGAAAGUGCAAUGUUCGAAGAUGCAUCAAAGCACUUAGGAUACCAAGAUGCAAGAUAUGGCGAGUUUCUUGCCUCCCUGAGAUCUAACCCAAAGCUUGUUGCUUUAGUUUUAAAUUGCGCAACAAACCACGGUGUCGAUGUUAGUGGAGUGACAAGCUUACUACUUUGUUGCUUGUAUGGAAGCUGCAUUUUGAAAGAAGAUGAAAACUAUGUCCUGUCAGUUCUUAAACAUCUUAUUGAGAUCCAAGUUUCUAUUGCUGAUGACGUUUUUCAAUAUUUCUGCAACCCAAAGAGCUCCCAGAAUGCUUUUAACCUUGUUCUCAGUCAAUAUUCAGAGUUGCUUUUCACAUCAAAACUUUACCUUACUGCCUCACUGCAUGGUGCAGUGAUGCAAAUAAUUGUUGAUGAUUUGUUUUAUUUAGAUAUUGAAAUAAAUCUUGUCUUGAACAGGCUUCCCCCAAAACUGAUCAGACAAAAAUUUGGAGAUCCUGGAACACCAAAAGCAAAUAAGAAAAUGGCAGAAUAUAUUGAGAGUUCACAAAAUUGUCUUAUUAAUCUGUGUAAAAAGUUUUUAAAGGGGCUUAGAGACAAGAUUUACUGCUUUCCAACAAGUCUGCGGUGGAUUCUACGUGAACUAAAAGAUGUCAUCAUUAACAAGAUGAACUGUGAUGAAAAAAAGGCAAAAGCUUUACUUGGUCAUGUGCUAAUGCACUUCUUCAUUUGCCCUGCUAUUAUCAAUCCAGAACCAUUUGGAAUUAAUUCUGAUGCAUUUAUAACUGAAGUUGCGAGGUACAACCUUUCUCAGGUUGCUUGGCUCCUCAGAUCAUUGGCAUUAGCAGAGCUUGGGAUGAAAGACUUGAAAAUGCAUAAACUUCUGGAAAAAUUUGAACCUGAAAUUAUAGUUGCAUUCGUUGAUUCUAUUUUACAAAAUUCAGAAAAGCUGAACCCUUUGAGUGAAAAAGAGACUGUGGCGGGUUUGCAUGCUAAUGCAGCACUUAUGACUGAAAGGGAACUCAAAACAUUGGUCCAGUUUAUGAAAAAGGCUUCAAGUGAAAAUGAUGAUAAUUUGAAGCAUAAUGGAAUUGAAGAAUUAAUGGCCCUUCUUCCACCAAUGCCAAGAAGAUGGACUAAGCAGCAAGCUACAUCCCAAAGAACUGCAACAUCAUUGCCCAUAGCAAUGCAGCUAAAGGCAAACCCAGAAUUGAUGAAACCAGUGCCAGCUCCAAAAACAAACAAAAGCAAGAAGAAGACAACUAGUAUGUACUCCCCAAAAAUCGAUAUUCAGUCACUGGGCACACUAAAUGAGGACCAAGAGGAACAAAAACCACAGAGUAAUAAAGAAGAAUAUGAAGGCAUAUUGAUGGAGCUGCAAGAUAUGAUUGAAGAAGGCGAGAUUAUUCUCGUGAUAUCUUUCAAUCCUGAUUAUGAAAUGCCUGGAAUGCUACCUGAAGAAAAGGUAUUGGGUAUAAAAGAUAACGUGAUCCAAAGUACUGCAGUAGAUAGUGAUGAUGUUGAAAAGGAACGACAGAUAAGAGCUUCUAGCAUGAUAAAGGCAAUGAAAGAUCUAGAAGGGCUGAAUUUUCAUACACCUCUAAGCGAGGAAGAAGCUACGAAUACGAAUGAUUUCGCCAGGAGUUGCUUAGAUUCCGAAGAUAGCACGCCUCAAGGAACGCCCCAAGGAACGCCCCAAGCAACGCCUCAAGGAACGCCCCAAGUAACCCCUCAAGGAACACCCCAAGCAACGCCUCAAGGAACGCCUAAUUCAGUUUUAAUUGAUAACUAUGCUAGUAUUGGAAAUGAUGAAAGUGUUUUUAAUGAGAGUCUUGGUAGAAGCAGGAACCUUGCACCAGAAGACGAUGCACAUUGGACUGCAAAUGUGCCACUUGUAUCUCCAGUGAGAAUAAACAAAAAUUCCGAACUGUUGAUUGCACUUGAAGAUACUGAAAUGUCUCAACAUUUGACUGGCUUUCCAACAACAGCGGCUUAUACCCCGAAGCAAGAAAAUAACUCGUUGCUGGAUCUUUCGCCUACAAGCUACAUCACAACAUUUAACUUUUCAUCGCAGUCUUCCGAGGCAUUUUCAGAAAACAAAUCGGCAACUUUAGGCCCAAUGCGUAGUACCCCACAGCCGACGGUAUCUCCAUUCAACCAGUCGGCUAGCCUUGGAAGGAAUGUUGCCCCAAUACAAGCUGACAAACGAACUAGUCAUAUAUCAACUGGAAGUUUAUUAGGUGGCUUAAAUACUAUCCUUCAGCAGCCCUCGCGUACUCUGAGUAACUCUUUUGCUUUCAAAGGCGAUGAUCCUAUUUCAGAGCAGGAAGGUGGCGAGGGCGCGUUAGAAAGUGGAUUUGAGGCUAUUGCUGAACCAAAUAGUGAUAGUUCCGAUGGAGGUGAAGAAGCCAAGGGCGUAUCACUGUCUGUAGCUUCGCGUAAGCAAGAGGAGACCGCUUCUAACUCCUCUUUAGUAGAUUCCGACUUAGAGACAGCAGACAAAAACAAGGAAGGCAAUGUGAAGAGGGAAUAUGAUAGUCCGACAACGAAACGUGCUGCCAAAGGAAUUAUAUCUUGUGUUUUGGAUACGAAGAGCGAGACUCUCAAGCAAAUGAAAAAGGAAAUGGCAGAGCAGGAGAAAAGAGACAGAAAAAAAUCAUCGAGUGCAUGGCUGAAGGGAAAACUCGCCACGGGCAAGGAGAAAAUCAAAUCUGUAAAAAGCAGGUCAAAAAGUGAUGGCCAAGCUUUGAGAAAAGAGCAACAAUUGAAAGCAGAACGUAAUUUCACGGCGCCACAGUCACAACUCAAGACAACAUCUGAACCCCAUCAGCAGUUAGUCUCACCAACGCCAUCAAACUCAUCCAACGAUAUUGAAGACAUUCUAAACAAGUAUCGACGCAUUUCUCCAAAAACGGCUGGCUGGAUGGAAGAUGAUCAAAGCAGCGAUGAUGUUGUUGUAGCUCAAGAUAUUGAAUUUGACGACGACUUUAAAUUCGAGGAUGCAAAACGAAAGCUUAGAAUUGUUCUUUGCAUGGCAGAUAGAAGCAAUUUUCCAGGAGAAUCUUCGAGCUGCUUCAGUUUAUUGAUGACGUUUUUACAAGCACAAUUAGCCGAGGCAAUUAACUUACAGGACAGGUCUGUCGUAGCCCAGCUGCACGAGACAUUGCGCAGCAUAAGACAGUUACCGCGUGAAAGUUGUGAAAAACUGCUAAACGCACUGGAGGAAGAGUACAAGCUACGGGCACCCUAUAUUUCAUACCUUCUAAGAAGCAAACAAGGACUUCUAGCAUCAAUGUCGCAUCUGGAGCAAAUUCGGAAGAAAGUCGAACGCGACAAAGCAAUAUGCAGCAAAUACUUCACAACGGUUUGUGUGCGGCUGUUCUUGGAUACGCCAGAUAAGAAGCGGGAGAUAGCUCAGUUUUCGCAGAAUUUCGAAGAGACAGGGAUGCCAGACGAGAAGUGUGCUUUGCUGGAAGAGUUUCUUGAAGACCUUUAUAAAGAGAUGAGUACUGAUCCAACGUGGGUUUCUGCGCUGGACGAACAAUGGUUGGAUGCGAAAAUUGCAACAGAAAGGACUAUUAUGACAAGGAUAUAUGAAGCUGCAUUUUAUCCCAAUGGCAACCAAGAUAAAGAAAAUGACAAGAUAUUUCACGACCAUAUCAACCGAUUGUCCAAGACCAUCACAGUUAACCACAAAGCCCUUCAGAUCCCAAAGGUCUUGCAAAAGGAAGCCCCGUGGCCAUCUGCCCAGACUGAACUGCUCAUGAUUAAUGCGUAUAAGACACCUGCAGAAAAACUGCGAUGCAUCCAUCGUUGUUGCAUCUCUAUAAUGAACCUGCUGAGUAUGGCAACGCCAAAUCAAACGUCUGGGGCAGAUGAAUUCGUACCAGUUCUAGUUUACGUUGUCAUUCGAGCCAAUCCGCCCAAGCUCCUGUCGACUAAACAAUACAUAAAUAAUUUUUUCAUUAAUCGACUAACCGGUGAGGAGAGAUACUGUUGGGCCCAGUUUUGUGGUGCCACUGAAUUUGUUAAAAGCAUCAGCUCUUAAGAAUACUUGUCGACAAUAAAUGCUUUACUCAAAUAUUUGAUUUACUUGAGUUAUUUGAGCAAAAAGUAAUUAAAAUUAAUUGAUAGGAACACGAUAUUCAGAGGUUCCCUACAGUAUUGACCCUAAGUUCCCUAGCUUGUAUCAAAGCUACAAAAAUUAGAUAUUAAUGUUAUACUAUUAGUUGCUGUAAAGUGACAAUGAUGCUACACCUUUCACCAAUGCAAUAAGCACAAAAUUACCUUUUACUAGUGUAUUUAACUAUUUCUUCAAACACUUCUUAAGGUUUCCAGUAUUAUUGUCUUCUUUCUAUGUGACAAUCCAUGCAGGGCUUAGAGUUAAAUAUGGUUUUCCCCUAUAAUAUCAAGUUUAGUUCUAAAAAUAUGUUCAUAUUUAGUUUUACAAUUACAGUAUUUUCUUAAUGAAUUGAUGACAAUUAGAAUAGCUUAAACUACCUUAAAAGUUUUGGCAAAUAUUGAAUUUUGUUAUGUGUUGAUGAUUAUCCUAUACCUGUUAAAAGAC